GCUGCAUUUCCACAAUUCUGAGAGACGAGCGUUCCACAUUUUAGCUUUUCUGAAAUUGGCAUUUCGCAACCUGAAAUGCCUGUUAAAUCAAUUGUCACCUUAGAACGGAGGGAAUAUAGUAAUAUGUACCCACGUCGUCGUUACUCAGGUUUCUGAAGUUGCAGAAUCAGUCAGGGGGAAGAAAGGCUUCCUGGACCAUUUCUUCCCUAAGAGGAAAUGUACCAGCACCGUGAGCUGUGGGGAGUGUUUAUGAAGAUUAUCUCAAAGGGUUAUUCAGCGAUAGUUAUGACCUCCCGAUUACGAGCGCUGGGUGGAAGAAUUAAUAUACGCGCCUCAGAAUUACCCAAAGAGAAAACUCGAGCUGAAGUCGUCUGCAGCAUCCGCUUUUUAGAUGGCUCGGUACAGACCUUUAAAGUUAAUAAACAAGAUACUGGUCAAGUUCUUCUGGAUAUGGCAUUCAACCACUUGUGCGUGACUGAAAAUGAGUAUUUCGGUUUGCAGCAUGGCGAUGAAUCAGUGGACUCUCCCCAGAGAUGGUUGGAAGCAAGCAAACCCAUCAGGAAGCAGUUAAAAGGAGGUUUCCCCUGUACCCUGCAUUUUCGAGUAAGAUUUUUUAUACCUGAUCCCAACACACUGCAGCAAGAACAAACCAGGCAUUUGUAUUUCUUACAACUGAAGAUGGAUAUUUGUGAAGGAAGGUUGACCUGCCCACUUAACUCGGCAGUGGUCCUGGCCUCCUAUGCAGUACAGUCUCAUUUUGGAGACUAUGAUCCUUCCGUCCAUCAGCCGGGCUAUCUUUCCGACAGCCAGUUUAUCCCAGAUCAGAACGAUGACUUUUUGACGAAGGUGGAGUCGCUCCACGAGCAGCACAGUGGGCUGAAGCAAUCGGAAGCUGAAUCCUGCUUCAUCAACAUAGCGCGGACCCUCGACUUCUACGGAGUGGAGCUGCACAGUGGCCGGGAUCUGCACAACUUAGAUCUAACAAUUGGAAUUGCUUCUGGGGGCAUUGCUGUGUACCGAAAAUACAUUUGCACAAGUUUCUAUCCUUGGGUGAACAUCCUAAAAAUUUCUUUCAAAAGGAAAAAGUUCUUUAUACAACAACGCCAAAAACAGACUGAAUCCAGGGAUCAUAUCGUGGCCUUCAACAUGUUAAAUUACCGAUCUUGCAAAAACUUGUGGAAAUCCUGCGUCGAGCACCACACGUUCUUUCAGGCAAAGAAGCUACUACCUCAGGAAAAGAAUGCUCUGUCUCAGUACUGGACGCUGGGCUCUAGGAACCCCAAAAAGUCUGUAAAUAACCAGUAUUGCAAAAAGGUGAUUGGAGGGAUGGUCUGGAACCCGGCCAUGCGGAGAUCCAUAUCAGUGGAGCAUUUAGAAACCAAGAGUCUGCCUUCUCGGUCCCCUCCCAUUACUCCCAACUGGCGAAGCCCUCGGCUCCGGCACGAAAUCCGAAAGCCACGGCACUCCUCUGCAGAUAACCUCGCCAACGAAAUGACGUACAUCACCGAAACCGAGGAUGUGUUCUACACCUACAAGGGCUCCCUCUCCCCGAAGGACAGCGAUUCCGAGAUUUCCCAGAACCAAAGCCCACACCAAGAGAGUAUAUCCGAGAACAAUCCAGCACAAAGCUGCCCGACCCGGACGUCGUCCAGUUCUGUGUCUCCGUCUUCGAAUGCUCCAGGCUCCUGCUCCCCGGACGGCGUGGAUCAGCAGUUCUUAGAGGACUUCCACAGGGUGACCAAAGGGGGCUCCACCGAGGACUCCAGCCAGUACUACUGUGACAAGAAUGAUAACGGCGAUGGCUACUUGGUCUUGAUCCGCAUCACGCCCGAUGAAGACGGAAAAUUUGGAUUUAAUCUAAAGGGAGGAGUAGAUCAAAAGAUGCCUCUCGUGGUAUCCAGGAUAAACCCAGAGUCACCUGCGGACACCUGCAUUCCUAAGCUGAACGAAGGGGAUCAAAUCGUGUUAAUCAACGGCCGGGACAUCUCAGAACACACCCAUGACCAAGUGGUGAUGUUCAUCAAAGCCAGCCGGGAGUCCCACACGAGGGAGCUGGCCCUGGUGAUCCGGAGGAAAGCUGUGCACUCCUUUGCUGAACUCAAAUCUGAAGAUGAACUGAACCAGCUCUUCCCAGAGGCCAUUUUCCCCGUGUGCCCAGACGGUGCGGACACGCUGGAGGGAUCCAUGGAACAGCUGAAGAAGGGCCUCGAGAGUGGGACGGUGCUGAUCCAGUUCGAGCAACUCUACAGGAAGAAGCCCGGGUUGGCCAUCACGGUUGCAAAGCUGCCUCAAAAUUUGGACAAAAACCGAUACAAAGAUGUAUUGCCUUAUGACACCACCCGGGUGUUACUGCAGGGAAGUGAAGAUUACAUCAACGCGAGUUACGUGAACAUGGAAAUCCCUGCUGCUGACCUCGUGAACAAGUACAUUGCCGCUCAGGGACCCCUGCCACAUACCUGCGCACAGUUCUGGCAAGUCGUCUGGGACCAGAAGUUGCCACUCAUCGUCAUGCUGACGACUCUCACCGAGCGAGGGCGGACCAAAUGUCACCAGUACUGGCCCGAUCCCCCCGACGUCGUGGAGCACGGCAACUUUCACAUCCGCUGCCAGUCGGAGGACUGCACCAUCGCCUACGUGUUCCGAGAAAUGCUGGUCACCAACACGCAGACCGGAGAGGAGCACACUGUGACGCACCUCCAGUACGUCGCGUGGCCCGACCACGGCGUGCCCGAUGACUCCUCGGACUUUCUGGAGUUUGUAAACUACGUGAGGUCCCUGAGGGUGGACACCGAGCCCGUCCUGGUGCACUGCAGCGCUGGAAUAGGUCGAACCGGUGUCUUGGUCACCAUGGAAACAGCCAUGUGCCUGAUUGAGAGGAACCUGCCGGUUUACCCGCUGGAUAUUGUCCGGAAAAUGCGAGACCAGCGCGCCAUGAUGGUGCAGACAUCAAGCCAGUACAAGUUCGUGUGCGAAGCGAUUCUUCGUGUUUAUGAAGAAGGCUUAGUCCAAGUGCUGGAUCCCAGCUAAAGACGGCUGUGAACGCAUGCAUUCCUCUUUCCAAGGGCAUCCUCCGCACGGACAGACCUUCUCUCUGGAAGCAGCAAGAGGAACCUGUAGGCUGUGGUGUGGGGAAGGACAGGGCACCUUUGAGCCCAGGCACUUUAAACCUCUUUUCAAAGGUAUCGUGUACAUAGGAACCGUGUAGCUACGCAUGCAGUGAUAGCAUCGUUUAGGCCCGUUAUUCCUCCAGAGAGAGAUACACAGAAGGGGGUCCCAGCCGGGGCCCGUCCUAAUGCCCUCCUCCCCAGACGUCACCGUGAUCCUGUAAACCAUCCUUGGGCAAGUGAGAGGGGACGCCAGUGGCGCAGCUGGCCUCCCGGAAAUAAGAUGGCCUGGCAGUUUCGAGCUGCGUGGAUGCUUUGUAUAUAUGUGUAUACAGGACGCUGCGAGCCAAGCUUUCCGCGUGCUUCUAGACCGAGCUGGAACAGCCGGCGGCCACCCACCCCGCGGCUGAGGAAACCUGAUGAAUGUGCCGAACGCAGGGGGGCGGGCUUUCCGGCCGAAGGACGAGCGGCCCCUUUCCUGCCCUCCCUUGUCCCAUCUGCCCCUGCCGGUCCUGUCCAAAGUGCCCCACUGUCUGCCUGCAUUCAUGACCCUCCUCAGGUUCACACACAGCUCCUGAACUGGGUUAGAAACGUAGGUUCGGGUGUGUUUUGAGUUGAGACUGAGAACGAGGACGCCGGCCGUUGUCUUGGCUUCGGUGCGUUAGUUGCGGGAGCAGGUGCUGCCCACCCGGCCGCCUCUGGCCACCUCUCGCUGCCUCUCGCUGUGCCCUCAGCACCCACGACGGGAACCAUCAACUACUGAGUCUACUACAUGGAUUGCUGCUACUCCAAGCUCUUACACUUGAAACAUUACGAUUUUCCUGAUGGGAGAUGGGGGAUAUCGUCUAACUAUUCAGAAUCUUUGGCCCUUCUGAGGAAAGAUCUUCUAGGCAUUGAACCGCGGGAAACGCAGCUUCUGGAGGGCUGUCCGGGGGUGUGGGUCCAUGGGUGCAUGUGUGCCCACGGCCGAUGCUGCUCAGGACUCCUGACUUGAGUCACAUGACAGUGGAGUUUCUAUAAAGAACAAAUGUGCGUACUCGCCCUCGGUUACAAUGGUCUCCGUUUCAUUUCAAAGGAGAGGAUCAGACUAUCUGAAUAUAAACACAAUCUGAUGUUAAUUUAUUCUAAGUACACCAUGAUUCUGACUGUCCUAAAGAAUUCUGCCUUUGUUAAUACUGUGUUAAAUUUUUUAAAAAUUUGUGACAAGAUUGUAGCAAAUUAUUAUUAUUAUUUAAGGAAAAUAAAUUACAAAAAUCCCUUUAAAUGUGGCAUGUUUAAAUAGCGGUUUUUACAUAUCCAAAGAGGAAGCUGAGGCAGUUUCUUACCAGGAUUUGUAAAAAAAAAACAAAAAAGGAUGCUUUCACAUUACAGGGCACAGCAGUGAGUCCAUUUUGACGUUUGAGCGAACCACUGAGUAGUGUCCUGGGUGCAACGGGAAUGAGGACCUUGAUCUCCAGACCUAGCACCUUUACUCACACACUGCCCAUCCUUCCCCACCAAUAGUUUCCUGCUAAGUGGCAGGCGUGGGAGACAGGUGCUCUGCAGUGCGGUACCGCCGUCCUGUGGGACAGGUGACCACCCGAGCCCCGUCCCUGUCGGCCUUCCUGCCCGGCCAGCGGGAGGAAGCAGGAGAGUGGCGAUGGGCAACAGGAACAUUGGUUCCUGGGUCCACUCAUCAGUAACGCGCUCUCGGCCUCGUCACUUGAGAGCACCCUGUCUGUCUGCUCCUCUGUACAGCAGGAGAAAUAAUACCGAGGACUCGAAGUUGAAUGUGAGGGCUGACUAGGGUGCUGUCGAUGUGAAUGUGCAUCAGCUGGAAUCUGACACUGCUGUGGAGGAGGUACUUGGGAAAGUUAACUUUCCCAGGGACAACCCCUUGAAACAGAAGUAGGGUCAUAGGGGUUUUCAUAAGAGGGAAUUGUUUUUCUUCUGAAGACAACAGAAGCACAAAGGAAUAUCAUGCCAGUACCUUUGCUCAACCGGGACUCAGAAAAGUUUUCUCCACAAAACACCAGAAGAGAAGGGAAGGCAGGAAAGCUGAUGUAAACUCAGAUGCCCUCAGGAUAUUUAGCAAGUCGUUGCUGUUUGAUAAAAACUCAUUGUUGCUCUGUCUGGAAAAAGCUUGAGAAGUCUAAAUGUGUUUGCAGAUUUGUAUUUUAUUGGGUUUUUUUUUUUCAUUGUUUAAUAUAGUUGCAGAAAUGUUGUUAUUAUCACAUAAAUUUCCGAGAAGCUUACCAAAGGUUACAAGUCUUUUUCUGCCUCUUGUAAGGCAGUAGUUCAGACCCAGCAGAUGUUGCCAGGAGCAAAAUCCAUGAAACGUUGGAGACGAACAAGACAAGAGAAUUAUCUAAUAUCUAAAAGAGCAAAAACAUGCAAGUAAACGCUGUAGAUACAACCAAUUAAAUUCUGUAACUCGAGAUUGCUGCUUUACCACCUUAUACACUUAAGCAAUUAUACUUAAGAAGCCUUUUUUUAGUUCUAAGUGAAGAACAUCAAAAUCGGGAUAAAUAUUUUGCCUGAGAAAUUUGGCUGGGAACGAGUGGAGAAGGCAUUUACAUCCUGCGUUCUGGCGCUCUCCAGAUCUCAUGGAGACGCAUCUAUGUGCUGACUUAAUCAAGAUGGGAGAGCCCUUCUGGUGCUGCCCAUUGGAACCUGCACUUGGUGUUCUGACCUUCCAGGAAAAAAUAUUUAACUCCAUUUGGUUGGGGGUGAUGUGGGCAGGAGGGGAGCAUGGACUGUAAACCCAUGCUGGCCUUCGAUUCCCAGCACAGUCAUUUAGAACUGUCUAUGCUUGUAGCUUAGUGUAGAUGGUGUCGCUGCUGUGUUGCUACUUGACAUGUUUCUGCUGCUCAGGAGUUACCGUUGGAGUGCAAGCAGCGGGCCUGCCUCUUCGUCCUCCAGAUGCACCCAGAGGCAGCAUCCACAGGGAAAGAUCGUAAGGGGCGGGUCUUUGGGUUAGACCUAGACUUGGACAAGAUGUGCUGCCCUCUGCCUGCAUUUCCUCAUAUGGAAAGUAGGAAGGUUGGGCUGGACUCGAUGAGUUCUGUGGUUCUUUCAACAUUUGCCAUUCUAGGAGUCUGUAUGCCGGAGAUUUGAAAUUGAUUCUAAGUUAAAGCUGUAUAGCUUCUGGAGAGAGACACGUCUCAUUUCUGUAACUUGUCCCCAAGAGAUUGUCCCUCACGCCUUGGCAUUGUUGAAUGCAGAGACAAGGAUUGCCACCUCUGAUUCUUGCCAUCCUUGCCACCCUAGACUGAGGACAGACUCAGUCAAGAUGGCAAAAAACUCCAACCUCAGCCUGGGGAACCAGUCACGUGGGAUUCUGAUGGCCGGACUGUCUGCCACCUUUUUAACUCACAUUCUGUUUGGAGCGAGAAAGGAUUUGUGUUCCGUAGUUUUUGAAAAAGUCUCCUUGCUGAUGAGCAAUAUUUUUUCUGUAAAUUUGGAAUGUUUUUUCAUUCAGACCUGUUCUGCCAGUGACUCUACCGAAAACAAUUUGAUCCAUAUAAAAACAUUCAAGCUAUGCAACACUA